ACACACUUUAAUAACCACUGCACAGUGAGACCUAUUUGGGUCAGUUGUUGUGAUGUGGCGGUUCGGCUGUAAUCAUCCUGCUUGUGUUUGCAGUGUCGUCUCUGUUCCGGCCGUCAGGAGACGUGCAGGAGGAGGAAAUGCAGACACAACACAAUAAAGAGGACCGGCUGGUUUGCUGGCCACCGAAAGCCUCUCUCAGUAAAACAGGUGGCAGCAGUUCAGGCAGUCAGGCUGUUGAAGAGGUGAUGAAGAUGUGGCCUCCUCCGGCUGCUCUGGGUCUCGAGAGGAGCUCGUCCAACAUCAGCAUCCAUCAACGAACCACAGAGUCUCCACUGCACACCGAACCAAGAGCUCCACAUGAACAGGGUCCCAGACCAAGCAGCUUCCCGCCACGAGCCACAGAUGUUUGCUCAGAGCGGAGGGAGGAGUCCGUUCUGCAGGAUGUCCAGUCUGUGGUCAGUCCUCAGCAGCCUGUGAAACUUAACGCAGCUACAGAUGAAGAAGAAACUACAGUGGACAAAACCAACCCACCGCCACCAACAGCACAUGAUGAACACUCAACACUGCAAAGCCAAAAUCCAGCCCAGGCCCCAGAGAUCGUGUUGAGCCAGUUCCAGGGAGCUGAAGCCCUGCAGCGUCCGCCAAUGACUCUGGACAGCGCCGUCUGGAGCAAAGCCAUGGCUCCGGAGGAAGUGCUGGAAGAUCUGAAGCUGGAUUGCACCAUGCCUCAAACCCUAGUGCUGCCUCAAGACAAAGAAGACACGGCCAGCAUCGGACAGUGGGGAGAGCAGCUGGUUCACUCCUUCCUCACGCACUGGAAAGAGAACGGCGGCCCCAGUCAAAUCACCUGGUUCAACGAGAACGGAGAGAGUGGCCGUGCAUGCGACUUCAAGCUGACCUUCACAAAUAAUGGCAGCAUGCAAGAAGUCUUCGUGGAGGUGAAGACGACGGUCAGGCGAGAGCGACACUUCAUCCACAUGUCUGCGAACGAGCUGGAUCUGGCACUGAAGGAGAAGGAGCGAUAUCACAUAUACCGAGUGUACGGCGCUGGAGAUGUGCAGCACGUUCGUCUCUGUCGCAUCAAGAAUCUGGCGCAGCAUCUGCACUCCAAGUCUCUGGAAUUGUUUUUAUUCGUGUAGCCAUCUUAAAAUCUGGAGUUGUUUUAGGAUAACAUUUUCUGACCUGUGUCAGAUGUACAAUUCUGCCAGUUUUGCACUCUAUUCUGUUUAAUUAUUUUAAUUUUAUUUUUUAACUACUGAUACUGUUUGUACUGAUAUGUGCGAUUGCACGAUUUUAGUGGCCAGUUAUAGUUAAACGUUUUAAAGAAUCAACAUUUUCUCUACUCACGUUUUUGGUCAUGUAUUCAGAGCACAGGUUUUGCAUUGAUUCUGUCAUAAGCUCUACUGUAAAAGUAUAACUUUACUCUUUGGAUUUCUGUAAUCAUUUCCGUAAAUAAAUGUUCUGAAAAUGAA